UACACUCUCAUAUUUCUUAUCGUACCACUACCUUUCAACCUCAUUUCCUCCAACUUGUCUUUUCUUCUGCUACAAAAGAAUAGCCCUACAUCUACUAUUCGUGGAUGAUAUCAUAGACAAAGAAAAGGAAAGAUUGAGCUUAUGUUGCUUGCGUUUUUGAGCUUUCAGUCAUCUUUAUUAUUUUUUUAAAGUAAAAUUGCUAUCGGUUUUGUAGAAAGAGAUAGACCGGAUUGCAUUAAUUGGUGUCUGGAAUCCUGGAUAUUGGUAAAAAAGAUCCAUUGUAACUCCAGCUACUCUAUCAUUUUUAUUAGCGAGAGAAGGAAAAAAGGGAACUUUGUUGCUGUUGAGGGUGAGACCCCUAUUGUAUAUAUAGGUGGAAAGAUUUCUUGUUUUUGUUUGGUUUCUUGAAUCAAGAAAGAGGCAUAAGAUUAUAGAAAGCACAAAACGGAUUUGAUUUUUCUUUUUGUUUUAUGCUCCUUUGUUGUGAGAGAAGGAGGAAAAAAAAAAAAAAGAGUUUGUGAUUGGUGAUAGAAAGAGAGAGAUUGAUGGGUAAGAAGAAGCCUCAGAAGACGAAGGAACUUUCUGUAGCAAUAGCAGAAGCUUCAUCAACCCAGCCUCAGUCUCAAACUCCAAGAAAGAGAGGCAGGCCUCGCAAGAUUAUUGAAAAGAUGGAAAGUGAAAAUAAAAAAGAAGAAGAAGCAACAGGAGGGGCACACCCAGUGGAAGAAGUUGUUGAGAAUCAAUUAAAGAAAGCUAAAAGCAGCAUUAAAGAAGAAGAGAAACAGCAACAGGCGGAGGGUGAAGGCGAGGGACCAUCAGCUUCUACUUCUCGAGGGAAAAAGAAAGAAGAAGCGAGGGAACCUCCAAGAAGAAGCAGAAGGAGGAAAAGCAAACCCAGAAAGAGCAGUUAAACAGAAGAAGAAGAAGAAGGAGGUUGAUUUGAGGCUAAACAAUCGAAAUGGAUGCCAACUCAUUUCUCUGUAAAGAGCACGUGGAAGUCACGCCCCCAAAAAAUUAUCAACAAAAAGCCAUUGGCCCCAGCCGCCUCAGCUAAACCAAUCACUGACGUUGAUGGUUGGAAGUAACUAACAGCUGACCUGACUGAGCGUGGGUUUUACGCGUUCAGAGAAGGCGAGUUUCUGGGUCCCAAUGGUGCCGAAAAUUAGAGAAGCAAUAUUAAAGAUAGAGAAGGAUUUGUCCUCCAAAGAAAUUAGAAAAAAAGAAAUGAAGGAAAAGUCAAGAAAGAAAGAACACUGCCACUCUGUGAUAGUGGAGGAAAGGUGAGUGAGAAUGAGAUGAUGAGACACCCACGGGGCGAAUGAGUAGAAAACUUCUGCCAACAGUUUUCAACUUUAUUUGUUAAAUGAAAACCAAGAAAAAUAAAAAUAAAAGAUAAAGAAAGAUCGCAAUCGAGACAGUGGCAGUCACGCGCUACUUAAAGGGACCCAGUCUGAAAAAGUUUGGCGGCCCCAACUUCAAAAUCUUAAGACGUUUGGAGCUGCUGCUUCAUUGGCAUUUAGAUUACAAAAUUUUUUUGUUGCUAUUACAAGAGUAAAUACACGAGUUCAUUGAGUCGAUGA